AGACUACAAUUUCAGAAUAAACCUCAAAUUGCCAGUUUGUGUUACUCCGUGUAAUGAAUACCGCUUCCUUCAUCCUGACCAUUCUUUGUAAUUCAGCAGAUCUCCUGUUGUAUCCCUUAAGUCAAAUGGACGGGAGGAAUGACAGCACGAUAACCCAUUUCAUCCUCCUAGGAUUGACAGAUCAUCUGGAGUUGCAGGUCCCUCUCUUCUUCAUAUUCUUAGGGAUCUACAUCAUCACUCUGUUGGGGAACCUUGGGAUGAUCGUUUUGAUUUGGACUCGUCUCCAACUUCACACUCCUAUGUAUUUCUUCCUCAGUAACUUGUCUCUAAUUGACCUCUGCUAUUCUACUGUCUUUGCUCCAAGGUUGCUGGUGAGCUUCUUAGUGCAGAGCAAAACCAUUUCCUAUUCCGCAUGCCUUUCCCAGAUUUUCUUUUUUGCUGUUUUCCUCACUACAGAGGGGUUCUUGCUGGCUGCCAUGGCAUAUGACCGUUAUGUAGCCAUCUGUAGACCACUGCUCUAUACGACUGUGAUGACCAAGAGAGUCUGUAGGCAAUUAGUGGUGGGAUCAUACAUGGGGGGACUCCUGAAUUCAUUGACACACACUUGUGGCUUGCUGGGGCUGCCAUUCUGCGGACCCAACCUCAUCAAUCAUUACUGUUGUGACAUACCUGCCUUGCUGCAACUUGCAUGUGCGGAUACUCAUCGUAAUGAGACUUUGCUAAUAGCUUUUUCUGUAGUUAUUGCCCUGUUCACCCUCUUUGUCAUCACAGUUUCCUAUGUGCUCAUUCUCUCUGCCAUCCUGAGGAUCCAGUCAGAUGAUGGCAGGAAGAAAACCUUCCACACCUGUGCCUCUCACCUGACAGCUGUCACCAUUUUCUAUGGAUCUGUUACUUUUAGCUAUAUCCAACCCAGCUCCAGCUACUCGAUGGAGCAGGAGAAAGUCUCGGCAGUCUUCUAUACCCUGGUGGUCCCCAUGCUGAACCCCCUGAUCUACAGCCUGAGAAACAAGGAGGUGAGGAACAGCUUCAGAAAGUGCAUCAUGACUUUCCCAUAAGCUAUCAAGUUUGGAAACCAUCUCUAAUGCACACAGCUCACCAUAUGAUGCAUUCUGACAUCUCAGCCACAGAAGAGAAUGGGUUUGGGGAAGGAAGGGGUAUCAGCAUCGAGGAUGGACCUUGCUAGAUAAGCAAACA